UCCUCCUCCUCCUCCUCCUAACUUCUCCUCGACGCGCAGCUCGCCUCAGUUUGUUUUGGACUGCAUACGGAGAACAUGUCUUUCCUGCACGGAGCUUUUCUACCCAUCUUCCUCCAUGUGUGCCUGCUCAGCUGGAGCGUUUGGGCCAAAGUGGAGCUGACUAUGGAUGAGAGCGCUGAGGUGUACCUGGGCGACGUGGCUGAGAUCCCCUGCCAGUACAGCUUCACCGACGCCAAAAACGAGCCCAGCUUCGUCAUGAUCCAGUGGUUUGUGAGAGCCGUGGAAAACACCUCGCGGAUGCGGAUCUUCUACAGUGAUGACAGCCAGCAGAUGGUCGACAACAACACGGACUACAGCGGCCGCAUCGAGGUGACUUCAGACCAGCAGGGAAGUCGACUCAUAAUCCAGGACGUCCAGCUCAACGACGAACGGGAAUUCUUCUGCCAGGUGAACGGACUCGCUGCCGGGAACGCCGAGGGCAAGACCCACCUCCGAGUGUUUGCUCCUCCGCAGGCUCCGGUCAUCGAGGGCGUAACUUCUGGAAUAUCCGUGACCAAUGAGAUGCCGUCUAAGGUUGCGUCAUGUGAAGCUCGAAACGGGUUCCCUAAACCCAACAUCACCUGGUACAGGAAUGGCAUGCCGCUGAUGUCUGCACCUGGACAUGUGAACAUGUUGACUCUGGUCACCAGAGAGUCCAGCGGUUUCUCCUCGGUCCAGAGCACUCUGGAGUACAAGGUGGUGAAGGAGGACAAAGACGCUCGUUUCUCCUGUGAGGUCAGCUUCUUCGUCCCGGGAGCCAUCAGGACGACCGAGUCGCACAGCGUCAACAUCACCGUUCACUACCCCACCACCAUGGCGGAGCUGUGGAAGGAGUCGCCCCAGGGCCUGGUCAAAGAGGGGGACACCGUGGAGCUGCGUUGCCAGGGAGACGGCAACCCCCCGCCGCCCUUCGUCUUCAACAGAGAACAAGAGCUGGAUGUGGAGUUGGAGAGUAGCGGCGACGUCUUGAUUCUGUCGUCGGUGACUCGUAAAGACAGCGGCAUCUACCAGUGUCGGCCUCUGGACGCCACCGACUCCAGCGACGUCAAAGGAGAGAUGCAGCUCACUGUGCACUACUUGGAUCCGGCUGUUGUGGUCCCCAAAGACUCCGAGGUCAUGUUCAAAGGAGAAAAUCUGAUGGCGUCCUGCAACGCUCUGUCCUCCCUCAAAACAACCACCGUCUGGUACAAGGAUGGGAAGCAGGUGGGUCGGGGGAACACACUGCCCCUGCGGGACGCCGACUAUGAAACGAGCGGAGAAUACAUCUGUGAGGUGACCGUUCCCUCGCUGCCGGCCCUGCACACCAGAGGCUCCGUCCACAUCAUCGUCCAGGGUGGUCCUCAGCUGGUGGGUCCGGAGCAGGAGGUGCAGCUGGAGGAGGCGGCCGGCCGGAUGGUGAACCUGAGCUGUGAGGCUCAGGGACAUCCGCUGCCCAGCAUCUCCUGGAACAUCAUCGGCAGCCAGAACUGGGUGGAAGUGUUGAACAAGGCCAACGAGCACAUGGCUCACAGCGUGGUGUCGGUCAAAGUCACCUCGGACGUCAGCGCUCAGUGCAACGCCUCCAACAACAUGGGCACCGAGGUGAAGGCCUUCAGCAUCAAAGCCAUUCCCAGGGUCACCACGACCGCUCCCUUCUCUCCGGCGGAGGGCAGCGGGGUGAUCAUAGUGGUGAUCAUACUGAGUCUCCUGCUGCUGGCCUUCCUCGGCAGCGUCAUCUACUUCCUGCACAAGAAGGGGAAGAUUCCCUGCGGACGCUCCGGCAAGCAGGAGAUCACCAAAGAGAAGAGCACCAAAGACGACAUUGUUGUGGAGAUGAAGACCAACACAAAGAACGAGGAAGCCGUCCUCCUGAAGGCCGUCAACGGAGACAAAAAGGGCCCCAACGACCAGUAAAUCCUCGACGGUUCAGGAAACAUGAAGCCGGCGGUCGGUGAGAGUCGCUGAUCUGAGAGCUGCUGGGCGACGCCACCUCACCGUCUGGACAUUCCCCCAUCAUGCUUUGUUCUGAGCAGUAUUCAGUAGAUUCACGCAAACACACACACACACACACACACACACACACACACACACACACACACCGGUAUGUAUGUACAGAACUUCCUUUUCAAACGAAUGUUUUUCUUUUUCUACUUUUUCCUCCAACUGUGUUCAGCUCUUGUUCGGUGUGUAUGAUGAUGCCUCCUACGUGCAUCAUCGUUUUGUUUUUCUUUUUUUCUUAAUGAAAGUGUAUAUAUUAUAUAUAUUUUGUUAUUUAAGAUAUUUUGGCACUCGGGUGUUCACUGUGUCUGGUUGUGUGCUCGUUGAUCCGUGUCGCUGAGUUUCUGGGAGGAGGUUUCAACAUCAGCGCGUGAAAUUGGGCUUUGAAAUUGGCAAAACAAAGACGAUACAAAUUGAAGUUUUGUCCUCCGGAGUCGGGGAUGCGGAGCGGUAAUUAUCCUGUAGAACACACUCACACACUGGCGGCUUUUCUCCUGCAAACUGCUGUGGAGUUCUUGUACUGUUUGUAAAUACGUGUCGUGUACAGACCUGCGAGCCUCGACUGCCACUGAAAAGGUCGAAGGUUUAGUCAUCUGCUGUGCCUGUUUUUGGUUUUUUUUCAGAAUACACUGAAUUUGUUUCAUCUGUCGGUUUGCUCCAUGUUUUUUCUUUGUGUUUCCACUGAGAGCUGGUGGCCUGAAGAGGAAGAAGAAGUGAACCGGUGCAGGUUUGACUCGUUUACACAUCAGAGACAGUGCAGGAUGCAGAUUUUUUAGGUUUAUUUCCAUUUUGGCUUGAAAAAUCAGCUUGUAAAGACCAUGGAUUUUUCAGCAAAAUUUAACAUAAUAAAACUAAUUUCUAUCAAAAACACAACACAAAAGUGAUAAAUUUUCCUCAUUUGUAGGAUGAAAACCAGAAUGUAUCCAUUUAAUAUCUGCUAACAUCUUAAAUUUUUUACUUGUUUGAUGCAAAAAAAAAAGUAGAAAAUGGGUUAAAAGUCUUUUAUUUUGAAAAGUAGAUUUUUUUUUUCAAGUCUAGCUGAGUAAAAUAGUCGUAAAGGUUCUUGCAAUACCUUCAGAUUAGCAGAAAGUGCUUUUAAACGACCUCGUGUGUUUUCUAUUUCACUGAAGUGACUCAGAUCUGACUGUGAUCGUUGAUCUGACAGUAAAUCUGCCUCAUCUGCACACAAACACUGAUUCUCCUCUGAAGGCCGGCGUUGUGAAUAUUUCUCUCUGUGUACUGUGUUUUUUUUUUGUGAUAAAGAUAUUUUUGGGUUGCUGAGCGCUACUUUGCCCCGAUGACUUGCAGCAUUAACUGGUUCUGUUUUUAUUCUUUUUGUUGUUUCUCCACUGAGUUGCAGAUAAAUCGGCUUCAGGACGUCUUCAGUCUGACGACCAAGACUUUAGUUUUAACGCAACUUUGACUAUGAUGAUUCUGAUUUUAUUUUUUUUCACCAGUGGGGAACUUUUUUUUUUCUAAAUGUGUGUAAAAUAAGAACCUGUACAUGUGAUUCUUUGAUGCUUGCGUUUGUUUUUUUAAAUAUUUUUUGCAAAGAAAAUAAUGCCAAAUAAAAAAGAUUUCAUUUAAAAGCUUC